UGUGGGUGGACUCGGUGUGGGAACUGGAUUUCACGGAGACGGAGCCUCUGGAUUCCUGCAUAGCAGAGCAGAUCACAGCCAACGGGCUGGACACCUUCACCUGCCUUUACCAGGCUCUGGCACCCUUUGCAGCUGAGGCUCAGGAGAGCAGAGAGAAUGUCUGGACCUUGUUUGCUGAAAAUGACCUGUCCCACCGCACCCUGGUGGCUGUGCUGCACCACUUUGUGUACGUGGGCCAGCACAAGAAAGCGAACGCACAGCAGAGGAUUUACAGCCUGCACGCAGCUGGGCUGUACUUCCUGCUGCUGGAGAUCCCAGGCAGCAUAGUUAACCAGCUGUUCCAUCAAAUGAUGUUUGAUAAAUGUCUUUACACACUGACAAAAUGUUGGCCUCAAGACCUGAGGAAAAGAAAGAAGUCGCAGGCUCAAAGCUCUCAGGGCAAUGCAAGAAGAAACAGAAAGAAAGAAAAACCACCCAGGAACACCAACCUCAGUUUGGAAGAGUUAUUGGAAGAGGAGGAGGAAGAGGAAGGCGUUUACUUCUCCACAGAAGAUCUUCUUCAAGUGCGCAAUGCAGUAUUCCUUCUUCUGAAAAACUUCUUAAGGCUUCUACCCAUGUUCUCCCUGAAAGAAAAGCCUCACUGUUUGGAGAACUAUGUGCAGGUCUUUGCUGAGUUGACAAGCUUCGAGCCAGUGUUGCAUGAGUUUGAGUUUUCAGCAGCAAUGGAUUUCAAUAAAGCCAAGUACAUUCCUGAGCUGGCCUACUGUGGACUGCACUUGCUGUGUUCUCCUUUCCAUGGGACAGAAGAUCAGACUCUUCGGUAUAUCUUCUGCCGAAUCCUCAAUGUCAUUCUGAUGGUGGAAAGUCGUGGACAUUCCAGAUAUGAAAUGCUUCCCAUCACAUCAGCUGUGACCAGUGCCAGGAAUCAGGCUGUAAAAUUUGUCAGUUUUCUGGUAGAUGAGCUGAAAGAAGUUGCUUUUCCUGUUCUUCGAAUAUUACUGCAACAUAUCUGUGCCAAGGUCCCAGAUAAGGCUGAUUAUCGCACAUAUGCUGCACAGGCCCUGGUGACUCUGCUGAACAAACUUCCUUGUUUGGAGUUUGCUGACUUCAUUACUUGGCUUUAUAAAUACUCAUUGACCAGGGUUGCCUACAGAGUGUUUGCUCUUGAUGUAGCCCUGGCUUUGUUGGAGCUGCCAGAGAGGAAUCUGGACAGCUCCUUCUCCGUGGAUCAUCAGAAGUUUGUCAAGCACAAGUUCUUAGUGCAGGUCAUGGUGUUUGGCAGGUGCUCAGACAAAGCCCCUGUGGUUCGUAGCAAAGCUCUAAGCAGCUUUGCCCAGUGUCUGGAUAUGAAAGGUGCUGAUACCUUGGACAGCAUACAGGAGUUACUACAGGCCUCUGUCCGUACACUGUUGGAAGCAAACACAAACACUACGAGUGUGGCAGUCAGUGCAGAAGCUAUGUCCAGCCAUGCACUGAAGACCGUAACAGCUCUCAAAACUAUUGAGCUGACAGGCAACAGUGACACUGCAGGGCUGGAUGGAAAAGAAAUCAUGGCCAUGCUGAGAGUGAGAGCUGGAGAUGAGAAAACCAACGUGAGGAAAUCUGCUCUGCAGGUGUUUGUGGGCCUGCUGAAGCACAGGCUGAUCCCUUGCACUGCAGAGGAUUUGUCCAUGCUCCAGGAGCGCUGCCGGGACCCCGCGGUGUCCAUACGGAAACAGGCCCUGCAGUCCAUGACAGACCUCCUGCUGUUUGAGCCCAGCAAUGUGCUACUGCAGAAGGCCUGGUUACGUGGGGUGGUGCCUGUUGUGGUGGAUGCAGAAAGUUCUGUCCAGGAAAAGGCUUUGGAUUGCCUUUAUCAGCUCUUGUUGCAACAUAUAAAAUCUUAUAAGGCCAGGAGUGAUGAUGGAAAGCAGGAGCUGGCGUGGAAUCUGCUCACCCUCUUGUGUGCAGAAAGUCAGGAGCUGAACCGUUACCUGAGCAAAGCUUUCCACAUGUGGUCCAAGCAGAGCAAGUUCUCCUCCGCUUUCAUCAAUAAUGUCCUGUCUCAUGUGCAGACAGAACAUGCUGUGGCAGCUUGGAUGCUGCUGGCUAAGGUGGCAGGUUCUUCACCCAAACUGGAUUACUCCAAGAUCAUUGAGUCCUGGGACAGUGUCAGCAGGCAGCAGAACGUGAACCCUGAUACUGUAGGACACAUCCUCUGUGUCAUUGGGCAUGUGGCAAAGCACCUCCCAAAAAGCAGCUGUGAGAGGCUGAUUGAUAACAUCAAGAGCUGGUUGAAGCAGUCUCAGUGUCCCUUGGAGGUGAUCAGCCCAGCUGUGGAAAGCCUGCAGAAGCUCUGCUAUGCAUGUGCAGAAGUGCUGGAGGAGAGACAGGAGCUGCUCAACCAGGUGUGUGGAGAUUUACUAUCCACCUGUGAGAGCUAUAUCUCCACUAUAGUCCUCAAAGAGGAUGGAGCAGAUCAGCUGCAAGAAGAAUUCUUGGUGAGACACCUCUUCCUCUUGGGUGAGGUUGCCCAGCUGUGCCCAGCCAAGGUGGAGAAACGCAUCUUCCUUUUGGUUCAGUCCAUUCUGGCUUCUCCUGGCAACGAGGACCAAUUGUCUACAGACAGUGAGGAGAUUCCAGCUUCCCAGCCACUGUCCCAGUUCAGGGGCUCAGCCAUGCCUCCUGUGGUCAGGGCUCAUGCAUUCAUCACGCUGGGUAAGUUGUGUUUGCAGCACGAGGACCUGGCAAAGAAGUGCAUUGCAGCCCUGGCUCGGGAGCUGGAGGUGUCACAGGACGUGGCUGUGCGCAAUAACGUUGUCAUUGUGAUGUGUGACCUCUGUAUCCGGUACACCACCAUGGGGGACAGAUAUAUUCCCAACAUUUCCUUGUGCCUCAAGGACCCAAGUCCCUUCAUCCGUAAGCAGACACUGAUCCUGCUCACAAACCUCCUGCAGGAGGAGUUUGUGAAAUGGAAGGAUUGUCUCUUCUUCCACUUCAUCAGCGUUUUGGUGGAUCCAAACCCAGAUAUUGCCAGGUUUACAGAGUUCUGCCUGGUGCAUGUCUUACUGAAGAGGAAUCCAGUCAUGUUCUCCCAGCACUUCAUUGAGUGCAUCUUCCACUUCAAUGGCUAUGAGAAGCACAAGAAGUACAACAGGUUCCCUCAGAGUGCAAGGGCAAAGAGCCUCUUCUGCCUGAAGGGGAAAGAUAACAAAGAGAAGAGGAUGCACAUCUACACCUUCCUGCUGGAUAACUUCACGGAUGAGCAGAGGUUCAGCAUUACAACCAACAUCAGUGACAGCAUCCUAGCUUGCUUUGUGGAUGAGGACCUUCCACUGGACAUGGAAGCCAACGAGCUGCUCUCAGAUACAUUUGCAGUCCUUAGCUGCAAAAACAUCAAGCUCUCCACUAUGAAAUCGAAACCUGAGGAAGACUUUCAGAUUGAAGAUGAUGAACUGGCAAUGGCCAACGCUGUCAUACAGGCAGCACAGAAAAAAAUCAUCUCUCAGGUUCAAAAGAAGAAUUUCAUAGAAAACGUCGUCCCAGUAAUCGUAUCUCUGAAGUCUUUGAUGGAGCAGAAGAGGAUUCCAGCUCUUAAGGACCUGAUGUACUACCUACGGGAAAUGAUGCAAGAUUACAGAAGCGAAAUCAAAGAGUUCUUUGCCAUGGACAAACAGCUGGCAGCCGAGCUGGAGUAUGAUAUGAAGAAAUAUGAGGAGCAGCUGGCCAGGGAGAAGGAGGCAGACCAAGAGCAGGUCCUGGCGGCGCAGGAGGUCGUCGGUGCCGUCAACUCUGGUGAUAAACUCUGGGAAAGUCGAAAAGAAAAGGAUUCACUUGGUCUGACUUUAGGUCUCUACAGAGUGGAAUUCACACCUGGCCUAGUCAUAGAAUCAUCCAGGCCAGGAUCCCUGAGCACUAUGGCCAUCCUGAACGCUGCCAGGGAGGCAGUGGAAGACAGAAGCAAGCAACGCAGCAGGAGUGUUGGAUUUUUAUCAACUGCAUCACUUCCAUUAAGCAAAGCUGGCAGCAAAGAGGGAUUCUUGCAAAGCCUGACUGGACAGUCUGCUAGAGAAAACAUGAUUGUGGGCCGUGCAAUCAGCACACCAGAGGAGACCAUUAAUGACUUGACUUUUGAUGCUGGGGUCAGUUGCAUCGACUCGACGUGCACAGCCAGUUCAACUGCAGAGAAGAAAAAGGAUGAGGAUGAGACAAGAGAUGUUAUUUGCUUGACAUUGCCAGAGGCACUCCCACCCAGGCCUCGGGAAUGGAAGGUGGAAUCCCCAGCCAGAAGGAGCAGCCCACAAAUCCCUCUGCGCCGGUCCCAGCGCAGAAGUGGACCGAAACAGGACAACUGA